AUCAAAUAUAAAAUAUGAGUGAAAUCGAGGAUGAUAUUAAAGUAGGAAAUUAUGUAAUAGUGAAGAAACAUAAGUAUACAAAAUUAUACAAGGUAUCGAAUAAAGGAAUAUUAAUGUUAGGAAAAGAUCAAGUAAAUAUGGAAGAAAUAAUUGGUAAACCUUUUUGGACAACUUUUGAAAUGAUACCAUCGAAAAAUAACAAAAGAUCUUAUACAUUGAAAGUUAUAAAAGGGACAGAAUCUUGGAAUGAUUUAAAGAACAGUUCAUCUAGUGGUUUGGACAAUCGUUGUAUCACCAACGAUGGUACUUCGCAAAAAUUGUCGAAAGAAGAAAUCUUGCAACUUCAAGAAUCUGGAAAAUCUGGUAAAGAGAUAGUUGGUACUCUUAUAGAGAAUAGUAAAUCUUUUUCUGCUAAAACUGAGUACUCUCAAGAAAAGUACAUCAAGAAAAAAGAACAGAAAUACUUUCGUUAUUUAACAAUAUGUAAACCUACUAUAAUGUCUUUACACGAAGUAUACUUUAGACAAGAUCAUACACGAUUAGGAGGAUUAAGAAUGGAUGCCCUUUCUCAAUUAUUAUCAUACAGUGAUGUUCAAUCAGAUGGUUUAUAUAUGUUAUAUGAUAGCGGUUCAUUAGGAUUACCAAGUGCUGCCAUGCUACAUAGAAUCGGAGCUAAUACUACAGGAUUAUUGAUAAAUUUGCAUCCUGGAAACAUACCUCAGUUAAACAUCGUUCAAGCUAUGAAUUUUCCUAAAGAACAGCUUGACAGGCAUCUAACAGUUAAUAUUUAUAGCUUCAUAAGAUUGUAUAAUCAAGGAGAAUCUUUAUCAUCAAGUGAUGUAUCUCCUUGUAGAACAGUAUCCAAUUCUAAUACUUCUCAAUCUGAAAACAAUGAAGUAUUACUAAAUAUUAGUAGUAAUGAUUGCGAAAAAGAAACUAAAGUAGAAAAUGACAAAGAAGUAUUAAAAAUUGACCAAACUGUUGAUAGCAAUAUCAAUGAAACUGUAAACAAUGGAUCGAUUGGUUCAGAUGUUAUGCAAACGGAAACAAAUACAACUAUACAGAAUGUUACUAAUACCGAUGAACUUAUGAAAGACGAUAAAGUAGAAAAUAAAAAUACUUUAAAACGUAAAUUAAGUGAUCCCAUUAAAAAUGAGCCAGUUAAGAAACCCAAAUGGUUAAUGGAGACCCAAUAUGUAUUGGACCUUUUGAAAAAUUCUAAAGUUCGAAGUUUAGUUAUCGUAGCUAAAGAACAUCCUUUAGAAAUAGCAAAAUUUUUAUUACCAUUUCUCGGCGCAUCUAGACCAUUUGUAAUAUUUCAUACUCAUAGAGAACCUUUACAAGAAACAUACAUGGCACUUAAACAAACACAAAAUGUAGUUAGUUUAAGACUGUUUUCUAAUUUCUUACGUUCUUAUCAAAUAUUACAAGAUAGGACACAUCCAGAUAUUUUAACGAGCGAUACCGGUGGUUACAUUUUAACAGGAUAUUUAGUUGAAUAAUUAUGUACAAAUAUUGUAAUCUAAUUUUCAUCACA